ACAAUCUCAAUUAGAAACAAUAAUGGAAGGUUCAAAGGAGAAUUCAAAAAUUAGUUUAAAUCCUUCGGUACCGAGUGAUGAACCGGUAGAAAAGCAAGCCCAAGUUUCUGAAACUAAUUAUCAAAUAAUUCAAGAAAGUUAUAGUUAUAGAUGGACAUCAGCAUUAUCAUUCUCAUCAUUUACUACCCCCAGUCCACCAGCUUGGCUUUAUUGGAAUAAUAAUUCCACGACAGAACAACAAGAUUCAAGAAUUGUAGAUGAAUCACAUGAUGAUGGUAAUGAUCAUAAUGAUUCAGCCAUUCAAGAUUCACCGGAAAUACCUCCUCAAAAUCAAUUUCCAGAACCUAAUUCUGAAUCUAGACUCGAUACAGAGACUACUACAGAAUCACCAGAACAGCCUUGGGUAGAUUGGUCUUUACAAUAUAGAAGAGUAAGUUCUGUUGUGUCUUAUGUAUAUAAUCGAAGUACAUUGAAUGAAGAUAAUGGUGGUAGUAAUCAUAUAAAUCCAUCAGAAACAGUAGGUGAUAGUUUAGUUACUCGAAAGUUUUCAACAUCAUCUCCUACUACAUCGGCUCCACUGAGACAAUUAUCACUUUCCAAAGCUCCAACUAUUAAUUCAUCAUCACCCGCAGGAUCCAUUGUUCAUAAUCAAAAGAAGAAUAGUCCUUCAAUACCACCUGAAUCUCGUGUAAAUAAUCAAUCUAAUAAUAGUGAUGAUGUGAAUCAUAAACCUAUAAUAGAAUCAGUACCUACUCCUAAUGAAACAACUCCAUUAUUAAAUGCAAAUUCUUCUAUAAGUACUCCUACUACUACCAGUGGCUGGUUUGAUUGGUUUACUAUACCGACAUUUUGGUCAAAGCCCGUAGAUGAAGAUGAUGAUGAAGAAAUUCAUAAUUCUGAACUUUACAAAUCUGCCAAGAGUGCUAUUGAGAAUUCAAAAGAAUCAUCUCAUUAUGCUAUAAAAUGUAUAAACAUGGAUCUUAAUGUUCAAGAAGGAAAGGGAGUACGCGAACUAGAACUUGCUGUAAGUGAUACUAUGACAGAACGUGAACCUGUUAGAUAUAGAUCUAAAAAGAGUCCUUUAUUACCAAAUGAAGUACAGGAAAGAACAUUAACCACCAGAAAUCCAACACCACCCCAACAACCAUCAACUGUUACACUCGCAAUAGAUAAUAGUUCUAGUAAUACUAAUGAUAUCAACUCAACCACUGCCAAUGGUCCACAAACUUCUGGUAUAUCUGCUACCGUUAAAGAGAAGCAACAACAACUUCAACAACUGAUUAAUUCAAAAAUGCAAACUAAAGCUAACAAUCAUACUAUUACACCACCCAAUCAAGUAUUACCUUCUAUUGAUACCAAUUUACGAACCAUAACAUUUAGAACUAAGGCUCGAUUAUUUAUCCAAGAUUUGUUCUGGAAAUCAUCAGAAAAGCACAUCUAUAAGAAGAAAUCUCCAGAUGUAAUUAAGAAACGAAAUCAAAUUAAGCAAGUUGUUGUUGUUGGAAUACAUGGAUUUUUACCAAUUAAGAUGGUUCGAACAUUAAUUGGACAAUCCACUGGGAAUUCCGUCAAAUAUGUAAAUGAAGCUUCAAGAUGUAUACGGCAAUGGUUACAAGAUGGAGAUGAAGGGAAUGUUGAAAUACAUACCAUUGCAUUAGAAGGUGAAGGUAAGAUUGAGAGUCGAGUUGAAAAAUUAAUGAUAUUGAUUGAGAAUUGGAUUUCAUUAAUUGAAUCUAGUGAUUUUAUAUUUUUUGUAAGUCAUGGACAGGGAACACCAGUUGCCAUUAAUUUAUUAAGUAAUUUACUUGAUAAAUAUCCUCAUUUAAAUUUAUCAACCAAAAAGAUUGGUUUAUUAAGUAUGAGUGGAGUAAUUAUGGGACCAUAUCAAGGACUUGAUUCUAAAUUAGUAAUUAGAGCAUAUACCCCAUUUGAAAAUGAUAUAAUUCGAGAAUUAUUUGAUUUUGAUAAACCUAAUAGUAAAGUAUCAAUUGAAUUAGGUCAUUCUUUACAAAAUUUAGUUCAAAAAAAUGUUAAAAUUACAUUAAGUGGUUCAACAAAUGAUCAAUUCAUUCCAUUAUAUUCUUCAUUAGGAAUUAAAUUUAAUCAUCCUAAUAUAUUUCGAAAUUUAUUUAUACUUGGAAGUAAUAAUGAUACUCCGACAUUUAUUACAAAAUUUCUUCAAGUAUUAGUGAUUAUGAAAAAUAUGGGUUCAAAGCAAGAUUAUAAAUUUUUAUAUCAAUUGAGUGAAAAAUGUAUGGGGACAAUUAGUAAUGGAGGUCAUUGUAAGAUUUACAGUAAUGAUGAAAUUUAUAAGAAUGCAAUUCAACAUAGUUUAGAAACAACAAGUUUAAUGAUUAGUCAAGAUUUAGAGAUUGUAAAUGAUGAAAAUAGAAGUGUUCCUGUAUCUUAUAAAUCACAAUCUCCACCAAAUAGUAAAUCACAAUCACCAGCUCCAUUACCAUUACCAUUGGCAAGUAAUAUGAGUACAAGUUUAAGUACUUCAUCGAAUAAUAGUACUAAUAAUGGAAGCAUAACAUCCAAUACAUCCAUGAAUUUAUAUGAGAUGUCAUGGAAUUUGCGAAAAUUAAUCCAUGAACUAAUUAAAAUUAAUAAUAUUGGUAAUAUUAAAUUACUUCAAGAAUUAAAAACUGAGAUUAAGCAUUGGGAUAUUUAUGGAUCUCAAUAUAAGAGUUGGCGAGAAUUAAGACCAGUGUUUGAAGUAUUUGAAGAUCUUGAUAUUGAAGAAUUUCUUCUUUAGUAAUAGUCUUUUACACAAGUAUAUACAACCAAUCAUAAUUAUAGAUAGAUAAAAAUUUUCAAAGAUAAAGCUCUAAUCAACACAGU